GGUCAGCCCAUGAUCAGAUGGUUGUAUUUCCUUGUGUCCCUCGCUGGCACCACGCCAUCUCCCUUCAGCUAAAACCCAAUCUCCGAUAUACUACUAAUAGCUAAACCACUUGGACUAUAAAACACAACAAAUCAUAAAGCCGGGAAAGGACGGCAGGCUCCUUCCAAUGAGUUCUUAUUUUGUCAACUCGACCUUCCCGGUGAGUCUGGCGGCGGGGCAGGAGCCCUUCCUGGGACAGAUCCCGCUAUAUCCCUCGGGCUAUGCGGAUCCUUUGAGGCACUACCCCACCACCUAUGGAGCCACGGGCGUCCAGGAGAAGGGCUAUACCUCUUCUCCUUACUACCAGCAAAGCAACGGAGCCUACAGCCGCAGCUCCGCCUGUGACUAUGGGGCCGGCGGGUUUUUCAGGGAGAAGGACCCUGCGUGCGCCCCCCCCAACCUGGACGAGGUGCCCUUCGCCCCCGAGCCGCGCAAGUCGGACUGCGCGCAGAGCAAAACUGUGUUCGGAGAGAGCGAGGAGCAAAAGUGUUCCGCCCCGGUUUACCCCUGGAUGCAGCGGAUGAACUCUUGCAAUAGUUCCUCCUUCGGGCCCAGCGGCCGCAGAGGCCGCCAGACCUACACCCGCUACCAGACGCUGGAGCUGGAGAAGGAAUUUCACUUCAACCGCUACCUGACCCGGCGCCGGCGGAUCGAGAUCGCCCAUUCCCUCUGCCUGACGGAGCGGCAGAUCAAAAUCUGGUUCCAGAACCGCAGGAUGAAGUGGAAAAAAGAGAAUAAAUUGCUCAACUCCUCGCAACUGAGCGCGGAGGAGGAGGAGGAGAAAACGGCGGAGUGAAAGUAUUAUUUAAAACACACAGAAAGAAUAGAGAGGGAGUGAGUGAGUGUGUGUGAGAGCCGAGAGGAUGAGGGGGGUGUGGGCUGGCUGCGAGGACAGGGAAAACCUGCACAUUGGUGGGACAAGCCCUCUGCAGCAGCGGCAACAGCUAGAAAGUUUGGGCCACCAAUGCCAUGGACUCGUGUUCCCAGUGAUCUGUUGUGUCCAGAAAAAAAAAAAAAAAUUCAGGCUCUUAGUUGCGUUUUUUAUUUUUUUUUUCCUUCCUAGACCUUCCUCCCCUUCCACUCCACCCCCCGAAAUGAAAUAAUAAUAAUAAAAAAGUGAAGAGAUAGAGAGAGAAGGAGGAAAAGAAAGGGAAAGAGAAAAGACAAAAAAAAAAAAAAAAAAGGACUCCUACCCGUGUUUCUACCCUUGGUGUCACUGUUAGUAAUCUGCUAACUCUUGUAUUUAAUGGAAGUGCUGCAAUAUAUGUCAUUUGGGGUGUUUAUUGUCUUAAUUUUGUAAAAAUGUUUCAUGCACGGUUGACAUAGGUUUUUUUUCUUUUUUUUUUUCCAUUUUUUUCCCUCCUUUGGUAAAUUAAUCAAGCCCUGGGGUCUUUGUAAUUAGGUUUGUUUGGUUUUGUUUUUUUGUUUUUGUUUUUGUUUUUAAGGAAAAUCUACUGAAAGAACGAGUACUACCUAAAAGGAUGCAAAAGCAACAACAAAGUUAUAUUUUAUUAAUUUUUUUUUACGUGUUGUGUUUGAAGUUUGUCUUAGGUAUGAACAUGGAAUUCUCUAAUAAAAACAAAGUCUUCGAUCUCA